UCCGGAUUGAGUAAGAAUCUUUACUAUUGGUUCUGAUGGCAAAGGUUGCAAGAUGGUGGUGACUGGAUGAAUGGAACUUCCACUUUCUUCCUACUGCAAAAAGAUGGAGGACGUGCCUGAGAUGUACUCAGUCUCCCAGGGCGAGGUUGCAUCUGUAACAGAAUAUGGAGCAUUUAUUAAAAUUCCUGGUUGCAAACGGCAAGGUCUUGUCCACAAGUCGCAAAUGUCAGCAAGUCGGGUGGAUAACCCAUCGGAGAUUGUUGAUGUUGGAGAAAAAGUCUGGGUUAAAGUAAUUGGGAAGGAGGAGAAGGACGGCAAAGUCAAGCUUUCUCUGUCAAUGAAGUCUGUCAAUCAAGGAACUGGAAAGGACCUCGAUCCAAAUAACGUGGCUCUUGACCAGGACGAGAGGAGAAAACGCAAGUUCAAAGAUCUUACCACACAGAAGAUAACACUUGAAGCGGUCCUAAACACGGUUUGCAAAAAAUGUGGAUGUAAAGGGCAUUUUGCAAAAGAUUGCUUCAUGCAGCCAGGAGGCGUUAAGUAUAGCCUGGUUCCUGAUGAUGAAGUGGAAUUAGCCAACUGUUCCAGCCAAUCUGAGUGUCCACCUCCAAAGAAGAAAAGGAAGGAGAAAGAAAAGGAACUGAAGAAGGACAAGGGAAAGGCAGCUUCUUCCAAAUCCCAUUCUUCAGAGACAUCGGACACAGACAAUGAGCAGGGCCGUGCAGAUGUGAAAACGCACAGGCAUUCAAAAAAGACUCGGAAGUCACACAAGAAGAAGCACAAAAAGCACAAGAAACAUAAAGAAUCCAAAAAGAAGGAAUAGGCCGGAACUGUAGAAACCCUGAAAGCUGAAUUUUGUGAUUGGAGAUAUUGAUAACGCUCAAGGAAGUUAAACUGGCGACUCUCUCCUACCUUGUUAAGGAUGUAAUGCAUUGUACAGUAUUUGGUUGCAAGAUACAUUUGAAUACACAAUUUUGUUGUAAAAUAACAGUUGCAAUAUUUUACUGUUUUUGUAGAAUGAUAUGUCUUAAUUUUUCUGCUGAAAUAUUCCCAUUUCAGUUCCUACAAUUUAUUUUUCUUGGAUGGCCAAAUAUUCCAUCUUUAGUAUUGGAUUUACAACUGUCCUAUAGUGAUGUGAAUAGAAAUCCAUAUCCUAUUAAAAGUCCUUUGUU